GUAUUAGGAAAAGAUGAUUCAUUUCUUUUUGAAAAAAACUAUAAAGCAACAAAAAUUAAUGAGACAAAAAAUAUAAUCAAUACAUUAAAUAAUUAUUUGUAUAAAGAGCCUAGAAAAAAAGCAAUGAUAUCGAAAGAAAGAUUACAAAAACAUAAAAAUUUUAGAAAAUUAAGAAAACAUCCAAUGAUAUUUGUUUCAGCAAGUAUAUCUUGGGAUAAUCCAUUUAAGUUCUCUGUGGAAAAAAUAAAUGUAAUAGCAAGUAUUAAAGUUAUUAUCGAUCAAUAUAAAAACUCAUUAGCAAAUAUUCUUGAUAUUACACAAAAAAAUAUUGAUAUUAUACAACAGAGUUUAUCAGAUAUGAUGUUUGACUAUAAAACAGAAAAUGAAAAAAAAAUUUUUAGAUGUUGUAACUGA